CCCAGCCGCCAGCGGCGCAGCCCGGGCUCCGCGGGGCCCAGCCGGCCGGCGGGGGAGGCCAUGGACUGAGCCAGGGGGCACCAUGGGCGCCAAGGAGUCCCGCAUCGGGUUCCUCAGCUACGACGAAGCCCUGCGAAGGGUUACAGACAUAGAGCUAAAGCGACUGAAAGAUGCUUUCAAGAGAACUUGUGGACUCUCCUAUUACAUGACUCAACAGUGCUUCAUCAGGGAAGUUCUGGGUGAUGGAGUCCCUCCAAAAGUUGCUGAGGUUAUCUACUGUUCAUUUGGAGGAAUAUCCAAAGGGCUGCACUUCAAUAACUUGAUAGUUGGAUUAGUUCUACUUACAAGAGGCAAAGAGGAAGAGAAAGCAAAAUACAUUUUCAGUCUCUUUUCUAACGAAUCUGGGAGUUAUGUUGUCCGUGAAGAGAUGGAGAAGAUGCUCUAUGUGGUUGAUGGGAAAGUCCCAGAGUCACUCAAGAAAUGUUUCUCUGAGGGUGAAAAGGUAAACUAUGAGAAGUUCAGGGUUUGGCUCUUGCACAACAAAGAUGCUUUCACGUUUUCCCGUUGGCUGCUCUCUGGAGGGGUGUACGUGACACUGACUGAUGACAGUGAUACCCCUACCUUCUAUCAGACCCUGGCUGGAGUCACACACUUGGAAGAAUCAGACAUCAUUGAUCUCGAAAAACGAUACUGGCUGCUAAAAGCUCAAUCAAGAACUGGACGUUUUGAUCUAGAAACAUUUGCCCCCUUAGUUUCCCCUCCUAUUCAUCCAUCUUUGAGUGAAGGUUUGUUUAAUGCUUUUGAUGAAAACAGAGACAAUCACAUAGAUUUUAAAGAAAUUUCCUGUGGUCUCUCAGCAUGUUGCAGGGGACCCUUGGCAGAAAGACAGAAGUUUUGCUUCAAGGUUUUUGACAUUGACCGGGAUGGUGUCUUGUCUCGCAUUGAGCUUAAGGAGAUGGUGGUUGCACUUUUAGAGGUCUGGAAAGACAACCGUACUGAUAAAUUACCUGAAUUGGACAUGGAUUUGUCUGAAAUUGUAGAAGAUAUUUUGAAUAUACAUGAUACAACAAAGCUUGGACACCUCACUCUGGAGGAUUACCAGAUAUGGAGUGUGAAGAGUGCACUCGCCAACGAAUUUUUAAAUCUACUCUUUCAGGUGUGUCAUAUAGUUUUGGGGCUGCGACCUGCCACUCCAGAAGAGGAAGGACAGAUUAUUAGAGGCUGGUUAGAAAGAGAGAGCAGGUAUGGCCUUCAGCCAGGACACAAUUGGUUUCUUAUUGCAAUGCCAUGGUGGCACCAGUGGAAAGAAUAUGUCAAAUAUGAUGCAAACCCUGUUGUGAUAGAGCCUUCAUCUGUCUUGAGUGGAGGUAAGAAUUCACUCAUAGCUGCUGCAGCCAAUACUUCAGAACAGGGAGAAGACAAAAUGGGAGGUCUUAAUGACUUCAGUGCAACAGAAGAAAAGUUUUCAGAUAAUAUUUCUACUGCAUCAGAAGCCUCAGAGACUACUAGCAGCAAUUCUCUUUACCCUGGCACACCAGGGACUGAUGUAGGUUUUGCUAGGCAGCAUAAUACAUCAGACAAUAAUAACCAGUGUUUCCUUGGAAGCAAUGGGAAUACUUUGCUACAACUUAAUCCUCAGAAACCAGGAGCUAUUGAUAACCAACCCCUAGUAACACAAGAACCAGUGAAGGCUGCAUCAUUAACAAUGGAGGGGGGACGAUUGAAGCGAUCUCCACAACUGAUUGAAGGAAAGGACUAUGUAAUGGUACCAGAACCAGUUUGGAGAGCACUUUACCAUUGGUAUGGAGCAAAUCUGUCCUUGCCCAGGCCGGUGAUCAAAAACAGCAAAACAAAUGUGCCUGAGCUAGAGUUAUUUCCUCGCUACUUGCUCUUCCUGAGGCAGCAGCCGGCCACCCGCACGCAGCAGUCCAACAUCUGGGUGAAUAUGGGUAUGAUGAGCCUGAGAAUGUUUCCUCAGCAUUUACCUAGAGGGAAUGUACCUUCACCAAAUGCUCCUUUAAAAAGAGUGCUGGCCUACACUGGCUGCUUCAGUCGGAUGCAAACAAUUAAAGAGAUUCAUGAGUAUCUCUCCCAGAGGCUGCGUAUAAAAGAAGAGGAUAUGCGCCUCUGGCUGUACAACAGUGAGAACUAUCUUACUUUGCUGGAUGAUGAAGAUCACAGACUGGAGUAUCUUAAAAUCCAAGAUGAGCAGCAUUUGGUAAUAGAAGUUCGAAACAAAGACAUGAGCUGGCCAGAAGAGAUGUCUUUUAUAGCAAACAGCAGUAAAAUAGACAGACACAAAGUUCCUACUGAAAAGGGUGCUACUGGAUUAAGCAAUCUGGGUAACACAUGCUUCAUGAACUCCAGUAUCCAGUGUGUCAGUAAUACACAACCUCUAACACGGUAUUUCAUCUCAGGAAGACAUCUUUAUGAACUUAACAGGACAAAUCCAAUAGGAAUGAAAGGACACAUGGCCAAGUGCUAUGGGGAUUUGGUUCAGGAGCUGUGGAGUGGAACUCAGAAGAACAUAGCACCGUUAAAGCUGCGGUGGACAAUAGCAAAAUAUGCUCCAAGGUUUAAUGGCUUUCAACAGCAAGACUCACAGGAGCUGCUGGCUUUUCUUCUGGAUGGUCUUCAUGAGGAUUUGAACAGAGUUCAUGAUAAGCCAUAUGUUGAAUUGAAAGACAGUGAUGGUCGACCAGACUGGGAAGUAGCAGCAGAGGCCUGGGAAAACCAUCUGAGAAGAAACAGAUCCAUUGUUGUAGAUUUAUUUCAUGGGCAGCUGAAGUCACAAGUAAAAUGUAAAACUUGUGGACAUAUAAGUGUUAGAUUUGACCCUUUUAAUUUUUUAUCCUUGCCUUUGCCAAUGGAUAGCUACAUGCACCUAGAAAUUACAGUAAUUAAAUUAGAUGGUACUACACCUGUUCGAUAUGGUCUGAGAUUGAACAUGGAUGAAAAGUAUACAGGUUUGAAAAAACAGUUGAGUGAACUCUGUGGGCUAAAACCAGAACAGAUUCUACUUGCAGAAGUGCAUAGCUCCAAUAUAAAGAACUUUCCUCAAGACAACCAGAAGGUCCGGUUAUCAGUCAGUGGGUUUUUGUGUGCAUUUGAAAUACCAAUUCCAGGAUCUCCUACAUCAGUAUCAAGUCCUGUGCAGACAGGUGUCUCAACUGGGCCAUCAGCUAAUGGAACACCCAACAUAAUGAUGAAUGGGAACCUUCCUAAACCAACCCUAAUUCCAAAUGGGAUGCCAAAUACUGUAGUGCCAUGUGGAACAGAACGUAACCUUGCCAACUGCACUCCCAACGGUCACGUGCCCUUGCUUUCCGACAGCCCCUGCACAGGGUAUAUAAUUGCAGUCCACAGAAAAAUGAUGCGGACAGAAUUAUAUUUUCUUUCAUCUCAGAAGAAUCGUCCCAGUCUCUUUGGAAUGCCACUCAUUGUUCCUUGCACAGUUCACACACGGAAAAAAGACCUGUAUGAUGCAGUGUGGAUCCAGGUUUCCAGGCUUGCCAGCCCUCUUCCCCCUCAGGAAGCCAGUAACCAUGCUCAGGACUGUGAUGAUAGCAUGGGAUAUCAGUAUCCAUUCACCCUACGGGUAGUUCAGAAGGAUGGGAAUUCUUGUGCUUGGUGUCCAUGGUACAGAUUUUGCCGGGGCUGUAAAAUUGAGUGCUCAGAAGACAGAGCUUGUGUUGGGAACGCGUACAUUGCUGUGGACUGGGAUCCCACCGCGCUGCACCUGCGCUACCAGACCUCGCAGGAACGGAUUGUAGAAGAACAUGAAAGUGUUGAACAAAGCCGACGAGCUCAAGCAGAGCCCAUCAAUCUGGAUAGUUGUCUUAGAGCCUUCACCAGUGAGGAAGAGCUGGGGGAGGAUGAGAUGUACUACUGUUCCAAAUGCAAGACACACUGUUUGGCCACCAAAAAACUGGAUCUUUGGAGACUUCCCCCUAUUUUGAUCAUUCACCUGAAAAGAUUUCAAUUUGUAAAUGGCAGAUGGAUAAAGUCUCAGAAAAUUGUUAAAUUUCCCAGAGAAAACUUUGACCCAAGUGCCUUUUUGGUACAAAGGGAUCCCUGUCAUUUUCAAAGAAAGCAGCUAUCACUCCAGGUUGACAGCCUUCCUGAGCCACGGACUCCCCAAGGGGAGUCUAGGAAAACAGAUCUGCAGAACACAUACACACCAGGAGAAGGAGAAACACUGAACAGAAGUCCAUCCUCCCUCAACAAUACUGUCUUGAAUAAUAUCAAAGCAUCUCCAUCUUUGGGGAGGAAGAGUGGAGCCAGCUGUCCUUCAAGCAAAAACAGUAGCCCAAAUAAUAGCCCAAGGACUUUAGGAAGGGGUAAAGGGCGUCUGCGACUACCACAGCUGGGUAAAAACAAACUGUCAAGUAGCAAAGAAAAUUUGGAUGCGAGUAAAGAGAAUGGUACUGACCAGGAACAGAGAUUUACUUCUGAUCAAGGUGAUACUCUCACUCGAGGGCAGAUUUUGGGUGGUAGCCAGAGUGAACUGUAUAGUGCUCAGGACAACGAGACGACCUUAGCCAACGGAUACAUCUGUGAGCAGAAUGCAUAUAGUAAUGGCAGUAUCAACGGCCAGAUUGAUAACCACAGUGAGGAUGAUAUUACAGAUGACCAAAGAGAAGAAGUAUGUGUUAACCCUAUUUACAAUCUAUAUGCAAUUUCGUGCCAUUCAGGAAUUAUGGGAGGGGGUCAUUAUGUCACUUACGCCAAAAACCCGAACAACAAGUGGUACUGCUACAAUGACAGUAGCUGUAAGGAAUUGCAUCCCGAUGAAAUCGACACUGACUCUGCCUACAUUCUUUUCUACGAGCAGCAGGGGGUGGACUAUGCACAAUUUCUGCCAAAGAUAGAUGGCAAAAAGAUGGCAGACACGAGCAGCAUGGAUGAAGAUUUUGAGUCAGAUUAUAAGAAGUACUGUGUUUUACAGUAAGCAGGUGAUCUCCUGGGGACUGGUUUGAGAAUGAGGGGUAACAUCCUGAAACUUACAUUUGGCAAAAAUGUUACUGAAACAGAUAACCUAAGUGUAGUUAUUGUACCCUGUGAUCUGAAAGCACAAAAAGAAAACCCUAAUUAAAUAGCAGUUAAUAUAAAGAUAGUAUUGUUUUGUUCUGUUAUCUCACUACAUGCUCUAAACGUUUCUGAUGUUAGACAUCAGGCUGAGACUGCCAUUGGCCUUUAAACAAAAUGGUUUAAGAAAAGCCAACCAGGACCAAAUAAGAGCUAAAUUCAGUAGUCCAAAUAAGAGCUAAAAAAGUUGUGUUGAGUUUACCAACUGUUCCAACAAACCCCUAAGGCUCUCUUUAGGUUUAAGAUAAUGGGGGAAAAAAAAAAUUGUAGUGUUGUCUUCAGACAACAUGAUAUUGCUACCUCCUUUUUCCUGCAGUUUUAUUGCAUUUUAUUGGCAAAACAGGGAAAGCAAGAGAAUGAAAAGUGCACAAAUUUAAAGAAUGAAGAUCAAGUAAAAGACGUUUCCAGUUUUGCCACCACUAGUGUGUGUCAGUUGCUUUCUUUCUGUAUGUUGGGAGCACAACCAAAUCAUAAUUUGAGAAGAGAUUAUUUUCUACACUUGAAUGGUUUAUUAUAAUUGUGUUUUCUCCACGUGUUGGCUGUGCGGAUCAACGUGUUUCAGGAAUGGCUUUUCUGCCUGGAGAGCGUGGUCUCAAACUUUUGAGAUGCCUCAAGAAGAAACUUCAGGUUGAAGAGAGUAGUUGUGAUUACACGCAUGGUGUCUUAAACUGUGCACAUUGCACAAAAUGUUCCCAGCUUUUGGAAGGAAAGGUGCUUGAGCUUAUGUUUCAUGACUGAUGUUGCUUUUAAAUUUGCACUUUUAAAAUUUCGUAUGAUUAAAUUCAAAAGCAUACUUUGUUUUUGUUGUUGUAAGGACUCUGGAGUGAGUGGCUGUGAAUUAUCCACUGUGUAUUUCAAACAAAUAGGAAGCUGUGCUGUCAGGUAGCUGUUAUAGCAUUCAUGGAUGGAUUGGGGUUUUUUUGUUGGUUUCAUGAUUUAAUGGAGUUUCUUUAUUUCAAAAUUUGGUUGCCUUUUAAAAUUAUCUUUUUUGCAAGAGGUUAUAUGUACACUUGCAAUUAAACCAGAAUUGCUUUCCUUGCCCUUGCAACAUGUCUUUCAAGUCAGUGGGCUUAUUGCAUGAAGGAGAGCAUGACUGAGUCUUAGCAGAGACUGGAAAAGAAGAUUGUUAUUUUUUGAGCAGGCAUUUCUUUAUAAACAUUUUCAGUGUUAAAUUGUUUGCAUAUCUGAAUGAAGGUAAAAGUUUCAUUCUUUUGGCCUUUCGUUCUUCAGCUGAGUCUAAGGCACUUGCUAAUUUUGUCAUAUGUCACCUUCCAAAUUCUUUAGAUUUUGUAUCUUCACUAACAAAAUUGAUACUUAGACCCUUGAUCUCCGAAAUAACUGUUUGGAUUAAUUUUAAUGCCAAACAUACUAGUAACUUUAUAAUUUCCAAUAACAUCUGAUCCAUUUAAGAAAAUGCAUCAGCUGAUCUUGCUGUCUUUACUCAGGCAAAACCCUCCCUGCCUUUGUUGGAGGUCGUGCCUCUUGAGGACAGCAGCUUGGUUCCAAAAUAAGUAUUGUCUUACUUGUGAAGUGUUGCUUCCUAUCCUAUAUGGUCUUUUAUCUUUAAAUUGGUCUAAACAUUGAGACUGAAGAAAAGCAAACAUGGCUUGUGAAUUUCUAGGUUAGAAGCAUUUUCAAUUCCCAUUUGUCUACUCCUCCCUCCCUACGCAAACUCCAUGAAAAGUGAAAGAUUUUCAACUGAUUUACUUUAAAAUGUUUUAUUUAAGCAGGUAGCACAAUCUACUAAUGUUAUUUGAUCUUCUGUGUUUGUUACGUUGGUUGUAAUUAAUUUUUUUAAAUUAAAUAAAUUCAUGAAUUAGUAGUAAAUUUAUUAAGUUAACUAUUAACUACAUUCACAUUGUAAAUUAUUGUAUAAAACUUAUUGACAAUGCACUGACUUUAGAAAGAUGUUAAUGUACAUAAAUACCUUGUAAAUAAAAUAGUGUUGAUGUACUGGAAUAUGAGCUGUAUUAAAAAAGGUAUCGGUAAUUGUAUAUGGAGUGAACCUGUUUAUCUGUAACUAUAUUAUUCAAACAAAUUAAAUACUGUGGAUGCAGAUCAAGUGUCA